AUGGCCAUCCUGACAGAUACUCCAGGUCAGAGAGAACUGGACAACGUCCAAUCGUACCUCAAUGGUCAAGCAGAUAUCUUAACAGCAAUCGUCAAACACAGAACUUCUCGUCGUGGUCAUUUAGGUCAUCUACACAUAUCAUCAAUCGAUCCUGAAGGGAAAAACAUCACUAUCCUCAUUCAUCCUCCACCAACGAAUGAAGAGAUCAAAUUGGAAAUACCAUUUGACCCUCCUGUUAAAUCGCCUUAUGAAGUACGACCGAGAUUGUUAGCAUGGAGAGAUUUAGCUUAUUCACAUUUUGACGUUCCAAGAAAUCCAGUUAUCACAUAUUAUUCAUUUCCUUCACCUUUACCUUGGCUCAUUCCAUUACUUCUUGCAUUAUCAGCUUUAUUCUUCGCGUUAUUAGGAAGAGGAGAUCAUGCAGAUUGGUUCAGAGAAAAGAUAGAGGUGUAUCUAGGGAAGUAUGCCGUUAAGAUUAGUGCGGUAUUUGCUCUCGUGACGCAUAUCGGCGAAAGUAUAUGGAUGAGUUAUCUGUGUCGUAGACAUCGAAUACCUAGAUCAGCAACUGUGAAAUGGAUCAUCACCGUUUUAUCAGUCGGAGUAGCAGGAAUCACAGAGUUUUUCGAGUGUGUGGAAUUUGAACGUAUCAGACAUAUCUACGCUAGGACAGAUGUCGGUCCUCUCCCACCUCGUGUAUGCGCAACGAAAUCGAAAACCAUCUAA